AGAUGGCGCAAGCUGCCGCCCGAUGAUACAAAAUAAGUUCAUCCAGUGGUUCAUCCAGUCAACCAAAGCCAUCGCCAUCGCUAGUUUCGCUACGGCCGCAAUGAACAAAAUGAAAGCGCGAAAGUCGAGAAAUAUUGAAGAGUGGCUCUAAAGUAUCCUCGAGCAAGUGGUUCCAACAUCUAAACGACCACAAAGACUACAGUUCGACAUGAAUCAUAUCCAAGUACUGCUGAAGACAUUUCUGCUGGAGAACCACCGAGACGAUCUCAGCGCCAUUCUAGCAGCUGACGAUGAAAAUCGCCACUACUCCGUAAGAGUGGACGGGACCACCCUUUUUGAUGCUAGCGUUGAAUUUGGCGAAUCGCUCCUCUACGAUCCUCUGAAGACUCUGGACUCUAUGAAGGCGGCGUGUUCCCUGGCACUUCGACAACUGUUUGAGGAGGAUCCCAUUAAAGAGAAAUCGACCUCGAAGGACAAUGUUCACCUGCGUCUAGUCAACUUGCCCCACUUCAUCCAGAUGCCGACACUCCCUGGCUGUAAAAAUCUAUCCAUAUUUCAGACCAUCAGUGGUACCGUGGUGCGGAUCAAGAGGAUGAAAGUUCUGGAGCGCCGCAAGGACUACAUCUGCGGCAAAUGUGGCGACACCUUCACGCUGGAGGCAGACAUUCGGAUGUGUCACACACCGUCCAAACCCGCCAACUGCCCGAGCGUCCUUGGCUGUAAUGGCACCAAGUUCGUGCCCUCCACAAAAGCGGAGGCGGACAGCUGCAGCGACUACCAGGAGAUCCUGGUGCAGGAGAAGAUGAACAAUCUGGUGCUGCGCCACACCCCCGGCAGCACCUGGGUGGUGCUUGAGGACGACCUGGUUGACUGCUGCAAGCCGGGGCAGGACGUCCUGGUCAGUGGGAUCCUGUACGUUCGUCAGCAGAAGUUUGUUCGGGGCCAGCGGCCCGACGCAGGUUUCGUCUUCCACGCACACAAUGUAGAGGUUGCGGAGGAACAGUGUGCCACAGUCGACGUCUCGGCCAAAAUGAGGAAGGAGUUUGAAGAGUUCUGGGAAAGCCACAAGUCCUGCCCCCUGGUGGGAAGAAACCUGAUUCUGGCCAGCGUCUGUCCGCAGGUCUACGGACUGUUUCUGGUGAAGCUGGCGGUGGCUCUGAUCCUCGCCGGCGGCGUCCGGCGUUCCGACGAGAGCGGAACUAAGAUUCGCGGGGAGUCGCACUUGCUUCUCGUGGGCGAUCCAGGCACGGCCAAGUCGCAGUUCCUCAAGUAUGCUGCCAAGAUGAGUUCCAGGUCGGUGCUCACCACGGGCAUCGGGAGCACGAGCGCGGGCCUCACCGCAGCCGCCGUAAAAGACGGCGGGGAAUGGCAGCUGGAGGCCGGUGCCCUGGUGCUGGCGGACGGCGGCGUCUGCUGCAUCGACGAGUUCAACGGCAUCCGGGAGCACGACCGGGGAAGCAUCCACGAGGCCAUGGAGCAGCAGACCAUCAGCGUAGCCAAGGCUGGACUGGUGAGCAAGCUGAGCACCCGGUGUUCCGUGCUGGCGGCCACCAACCCAAAGGGCUCCUGUUCCGCAGACGGGGAGCUGGACCUGAACACUGGGAUUGCGAGCCCCCUGCUGAGUCGCUUCGACCUGGUCCUGGUCCUCAAGGAUUGCCACAGCGAGGGCUGGGACCGCCUGGUCUCAAAGUUUAUCCUACUGGGUCAGGACCCCCUGGGAGAAAACGAAGACUCCGGUUUCUGGCCCAUUAACAAGAUGCGGGCAUAUUUCUCGAUGAUCAAGACCCUCAACCCUGUGCUAAGUGACCAAGCUCAAAGCGUUUUGCAGGAGUACUACCGAUGCCAGAGGAACGUUUUCAAGCGCGACGCUGCUCGGACGACACUGCGUCUCUUGGAGAGCCUGGUGCGGCUGUCUCAAGCGCACGCCCGGCUCAUGCUGCGAGGGGAAGUGGCGGUGCAGGACGCCGUGGUGGCCGUGAGCCUGAUGGAGUCUUCGAUGCAGAGCUCGGCCCUCGUCGAGAACGUGGAUGCCCUGCACACGGGGUUUGCGGAGGACCCCGAGGGGGAGUACUGCAACCAGGGUGAGACGCUGUUCGCCGCUUCUUGCGCAUGCAGUCAACUCGAUAAUUCCAAGCUUGCAGCCAAGGUGAUUCUGGCCCGACUGGGACUGCACGACAUCCUCGCCCAAGAACUUGAGCUUCACGCACCACGGAUGCCUCGUGACGGCGGAUUUCUCGUGGACUCCCGUUCGACCGACCCGAAAGAUGCACCUCUUGGAGAGGCUACAAACGGCCGCUUUCGAAAUGCCGAACCCACGGUGGACAAUCGUGACCCGCUGCAACCCGAUGCCGGCAAUGGAAAAGGCCAGACCCGAGCUUUGACGGAAGACGUGGUCGUGAUCGACGCUGCAGAAGUUGGAGAGACCUCGAGAGAUUCUCCCAACUUUGCAGUUGGAAGCGGCGCCGGCAAAAGGCGCAGACGACCCAAGACGCGACGGAGCGAAGAGACUGAGAGAGCAGCCGCAACCACGGUCGAGCGGGUCGCACAACCGGAGCCCGAGGGCCGGCAAGACAUUGCGAAGCAUCUCCGUAAAUACGCGUAUCAACGUUGUCCUCGACUGUUGACGACGGAUACGACCACCCACACGUCGGGAGGGCGGCCCCAAAGUAGCGCGAGCGCAUCGUCCUCGUCGGAGAAGAGAAGCGUCGUAAGGAACGUGGAAACGUUGGAUGCGAAAACGACGACGGAACGUGCCGAGUUACGGGGCAUGGGUGAAAAGACACCCGGCGUCUUGAAGGAAGCGAGCAUUGCCGGCGCGAAACGUGAGACUCCGAACGAGACUCCAGAAGGUGAUGCGGCAACAGCACGUUCCUUUCGAGGCGCCCACGACAAGCUGAAGAAGUUUGCAGCCACAAAGAGGUUGGACGACUCGUUUGCUUCGAAGGAAAGCAGCUUUUUGGCAAUCAACUCUGCAUCCCGUGCGGUUGAAUCGCGGAAGAACGUUGAGGAGCCACCUGCACAGGAACUGGGAGCAACGGCCAGCUCCGCUACAACGAAACGAAAACUCUUUGGUUUUGGUGACGACGACGAACUCGGCCUGGACGACGCGGACUGGAGGUUCGAUCAGUCUCCGAGGGAUAAGAAAAGGAAAUGAGAGUUUGUGUUGGUGUUCUCGAAACUAGGGAACCAAAAAGCGACAGUUUCGUGACAAGCCCCAUCGUGGUGGCACCGGUUUAUUGUAAUUUAAUAAGUUGUUGCAAGAUUUUAGUUGUUCUACCUAGAAUACUUGGAAGGAUCUUGGUAUGCCUUCUUAGUUCUACAGUUGAGCGAAGUGUGAGCUUGUGCUAGAUGGUUUGCAGCGGACGAAUGUGAAAACGGCGCUUAGUCCGACAAAGGUGGCAGCUUCUGCCCUCGACUUCAUGCACCGUUUUCAGGCAUUUUGUCUUAGUUGGGCUCUUGUACGUGUCGCAAUAAAUACGAAAGGUAACACUAAAUUAUUUUCAUGCUUUCGACAAAAGGACGUGUAUGGGACAUAGAAUGUGCAUUGUUCGGAAAUUUGGUUGCUCUUACGUCAGAUUACGGAAAAAUCUGAACGUUGUUUCGCGGUUCCUUUCAAUGUGUUUCACCUCUUUUCAAGUAGCUGGGUGGAUAUUCACCGUAAGGUCUUGGGUUUUACAAGCACCGGUGUGUUUUGAUGAAUUGUCUCGUGCAAAUGGUAAAAACUGAUUAUUGGGUUUCCUUUCCCCUGGUUUCCCUUUUCCCCCUUGUUCCGAUCAUAUAUAACUGGAUUCUGUGGCAAUACAAUUUCAGCAGUGUUUGAGA